UAUACAUAUUUGUGCUUAUAUUUUUACUAUGCGUCGUGAAUAUUUUAAAUUACUUGAAUGUUUUUUGGCAGAUCCACUUGAACCUUUCAAUGUAUUCCCAACUAUGGUUGAUUUACUUAAUUCACUUCGUGAAACUGAACAACAAGAAUCUUUACGCCAAUUUGUCAGACAAAAAUUAGAACGUUUAUGUUUAUUAGAUUCUCUAAAAACGGCGGAAUUUGUUCUCUCCAAUUUUCCAGAACUUUUAAUUGAAUGUAGAUCAACACCUAAAAAACUUCCUUUAUCUUUUCUAAGUAAUUGUUUUCGAAUAAGGCGAGAACAAAAUUUUAAAACAUUAACUGGGGGAGAAGAAGAAUUGGAUGAAUUAUUCUUUGAUUACUAUUUUGAACAAACAAUUAAACAGCAAAAAACAGAAUUGGAUCUAUUGGAUGCUAAAUUGGUUGAUGAAUUGCGUUAUUGGCUUCCCCUUGGAUCCUUUUCUGAUUUUUGUUUGAAUAUUUGUAUGAAACAACCUAAAGGUAAAUUGAAAAAAUUUUUUUUAUUUUUUUGUAAAUCAGAUAUUCAACCUUUGUAUUAG